CAUCCUGAGGGGCCAGUGUGGUGGGAGCUGGGGAGUCACUGUUGGCUGAAGUACAUGCUCUCUCCUAGGGCGUGAAGUGGACUCCUUCCAAGAUGAUCGCCCGGCUGGGCAAGGAGAUCAACAACCCAGAGUCGGUGUAUUACUGGGCCCAGAAGCACCACAUCCCUGUGCUGAGCCCAGCGCUCACAGAUGGCUCACUGGGGGACAUGAUCUUCUUCCAUUCCUAUAAGAACCCGGGCCUGGUCCUGGACAUUGUUGAGGACCUGAGGCUCAUCAAUACACAGGCUAUCUUCGCCAAGCGCUCUGGCAUGAUCAUCCUGGGCGGGGGCGUGGUUAAGCACCACAUUGCCAAUGCCAACCUCAUGGGUCCAGCCUGUGUGUCUGUCUACUGCAACUGGCUGACUAGCCCACCCUGUCCCUCCCCACAGCGGAAUGGGGCCGACUAUGCUCUCUACAUCAACACGGCCCAGGAGUUUGAUGGCUCCGACUCGGGUGCCCGGCCAGAUGAAGCUGUCUCCUGGGGCAAGAUCCGCGUGGACGCACAGCCUGUCAAGGUCUAUGCUGAUGCCUCCCUGGUCUUUCCCCUGCUUGUGGCUGAAACCUUUGCCCAGAAGGCAGAUGCUUUCAUGCCCGAGAAGAAUGAAGACUGAAUGGCUGUGGCCCCAAGGAGGCCUCCCGACCCCUCUAUUUAUUAGCUUGCAGCCCAGCCCCUGCCCCUCCUUGAUCAGCAGCAUGUCCAGAAUAAAUGGUCUCAGUGGACCUCUGAGUCUG